GCAGAAUAGGGAGGAUUGGGUCCUAUCAAAGGUCUAGGGUUAGGGCUUUCUUAUCGAUAACGGGAGAACAAGAAAAGAGGUGACGAGACGGAGACUCUACUCGAGUGUCAUACUGUAGAGGCGCAUCUGCUCUUACCUCCCACCAACCACAUCUCAUCUCCUUGUUCAACAUGUCAACACCACCAGCCCCAGCCCCUUUAACGGGGGGCACUUCUACUGAGACUUUUACCGCAUUUCCACCUAUUCCUUCUCCCUCUCCCUCCACCACUUCUCCUCCACCCUCACUUACGAAUCCAACGGAGGACGACAGACCAAUUCUAGCCAACGAUGCUGUUCUCAAACCUUCGGACCCAAUACCUUCGACCUGGAACUCCCGCGUUGUCUCGGGGCCAGAAUUCAAUGCCCUGCAUCAUGCCCCGAUCACAGUCUCCUCCUUAAUUGAUAGCAUGGCAAACAUAGGCUUCCAGGGCAGCGAACUCGCUCGAGCGGUGGAGGUAAUCGAUGGUAUGCGCACUUAUGUCUCCUCGGAAGGCCGCAGAGCAACCAUUUUUCUCGGUUACACUUCAAACUUAAUUUCCUCCGGUCUUAGGUCUACCCUCCGCUACCUUGUGGAGCACAAGCAUGUCUCAGCAAUCGUUACCACGGCCGGUGGCAUUGAAGAGGACUUGAUCAAGUGCCUCGCACCAACAUAUCUCGGCGCAUUCAGCCUGCCGGGAGGGGACUUACGUGCAAAGGGCCUCAAUAGGAUUGGCAAUCUUUUAGUUCCGAACAACAAUUACUGUCUAUUUGAAGACUGGAUCAUUCCGAUUUUUGAUAAAAUGCUGGAAGAGCAGGAGGCAUCGAACGGCGAGCUAAUUUGGACGCCCAGUAAAAUCAUUCACAGGCUAGGGAAGGAAAUCAACCACCCUGAGUCAGUGUGCUAUUGGGCUUACAGAAACGAUAUUCCGGUAUUUUGCCCUGCGCUUACGGACGGCAGCAUCGGUGACAUGCUAUUCUUUCACACAUACAGGUCUUCGCCAAAACAGCUGGUGUGUGAUAUCGUGGGGGAUAUCAGGAAAAUUAAUUCAAUGAGCCUGCGAGCUGAGAAGCUCGGGGCAAUCAUUCUUGGGGGCGGUAUCGUAAAACAUCACAUUGCGAAUGCGUGCCUAAUGAGGAAUGGAGCUCAUUGGGCUGUCUUUGUGAACACGGCUAGCGAGUUCGAUGGAUCUGAUGCCGGGGCAAGGCCGGAUGAGGCGGUCAGUUGGGGAAAGAUAAGGGCUGAUGGAGAGAGUGCGAAGGUUUAUGCUGAGGCUACUAUCGUAUUUCCCCUGAUUGUUGCGGCGACGUUUGCUAAGGAUGGUAUCACCGAGAGGCAGGAGGAGAGGAGGUAAAAAUAGUACAUGAGAAAGUGAUCCAUUAUAAAUUUGC